GUUGGACUGAAAAGGAAAUGCUUCAAACAGAAACAUCUAGUCUUUGAGGUGGAACGUGCUUACAGUUUUCAUAGCUCAGGGAGCAUUGUUUCAAGAAAAACUGGGAUUAAUGAAAAAUUCAACAUGUCUUCUUCAACCAUCAUUGGCUUCUACAGUAGCUCUGCCAAUCAUCUAUUCUUUCCUAUUUACUACAGGUGGUUUUGGAAAUAUUCUCUCUGGGUGGAUAUUUUCAAAGCACAUAUCUACAAAACGAACACAGAACAUCUACCUGACAAAUCUUGUUAUUGCAAAUUUAUUUGUAUCUAUUAUGAUGCCUUUUCUCGCUGCCUACUUUGCAGAUGGCUAUCAGUGGGAGUAUGAUUCUGUGCUAUGUAAAAUAGUAAACUACUUUGGAACUCUGGUUAUGCAAUCUAGUAUGUAUGUCAGCAUUACAAUUUUAUGUUGGACUGCUGUAAGUCAGUAUGCAACACUGAUGAAAAAUAAUGAACACACACAAUAUUCUCCAUCAGUUAAUGAAAACUUCUUCUAUAAAUGUCUACUGGAAAAGUUUCGGCAGCCAAAAUUUGCUAAAUACUUGUGCAUCAGUAUAUGGAUCAUUGUACUGAGCAUAACUGUACCAGUUAUAGUGUAUGAUUUUCAUGUACAGCCUGAUCAUGAACAAGUUGACAGAUGUUACCACUGGAAGGCGGAAUAUGGCGAACGCACUUCAAAGACCACAGUUCUUAUUGCUACUGCAUGGUUUUUUUUAUUUUUUAUAACAGUAUUAUUCUUAUACUAUUCCCUUGUCAAUCACCUGAGUAAAAUACAGAAAAAUACUUGCAUUGGAAAGAAACAUCUAAUUUACAAUACAGUCAAAAGAAACAUUUUUGUCAUCCUGCUUAUAUUCACUGUCUGCUUUCUUCCAUAUCAUAUUUUCAGGCCAGUUUUUUAUGCACUGCUUCCUAGUGAAGACUGCCAGAUGAUGAACUAUUUAGUGGAAGCAAAAAACUUUCUUACUUGUCUUGCAGCUGCCAAAAGUAGUUUAGACCCUAUUGUAAAUCUUUUAUUAGAUAAAACAUUUAAGAAGAGACUGUACAAUCGCUUUAGAAAAUCUGAUCACAAGCAUACAGCUAAUAUUGAAGAGACUACACAAAUGUGAAGAAGGAAUAAGUAAAAAUCUUAACUGGACAUACUUUAGGACAAAAACCUUUUUGCCAGACAUAGCUACCUACAACAGAAGAAUUCUUUCCAUCCACAAUGAAAAUGAAAUUUACAGAUAAAAGAUGAAUUUAUAGAAUUAAAAAAAAACUGCUUAUGAACAUUAGACCUGUUUAUUCGUGUUUGUAACUUUGCUGUUGCUUGAUGAACCUUUAUACCUCUUACAAUGAACUCUGCACUAUCAUUUAGCUUACACAAAAUGAAAAAGGGAUUACAUUUUAUGUUUGAACUAUACACAUUGAUUAAUUCCAAUUUGGAGAAACCAAAGAUAAGGUAAGUGAAGACAGCAGACAAUAGAUCAAAAGGUAAUAACUUGGUUCUACUGUAUUGUCACAUAAAUAUGCCAAGGUUUCAGACACUGGUCUCCCUUAGUUAAAUUACAAGGACAAAAAUUACACAAAAACCCCCCAAACUAGACACCCACCUACUGUUACAUAAAUAAUUAAUAAUGAAUGUUAUCAGUCUCACUUCAAAAGCUGGUCUUACCACACAGAUUAAUCUAAAAUAUUUAAUUUAUACAAGAACGAUCAUAACCAAAGAGAUGAUUUAUAUAAAUAUAUAACAAGACUGCAUAAAUAUAUGUACAAUAUUCGGACAUACCCUAAUGUAUACAAAAACUAAGCUUAAGCAAAAUAGAGAACAGUAAAGUGCACACACAGUGUACCUGAACUCAAAUACUAUCUCACAGAUAAUCCUCCACUAAUCAAUCUGCCACUACAGGUCUCCUUCUGUCCAGUCUUAAAUUAGGUAAAUGGUGUGGUUUAAUUAGGAUGACACUGACUCUUCAUCAAGGCUCAUCAUUUAAGGAUGGACAAAAUAAAGGCAUUUAACAAUGUGACUGAACAAUACAAUUAAUGGAUAAUCAACUGGUAAUCACAGAUUACACUUCUAGCUGGAACACAGCUUGCCUAUGAGGUUUCUCACUGCAGAAGUUUGAGGAUCAUGGAGAAAAACUAAUGAUAUUAAGUAGCAAUUUUAAAGAAAUGUUAAACAGAGGAUCUUUAGAUUUGUGGUUGAAAUUAAAAGUUUUUUUCCCCCUGCACUUCUUCCACCAUACUAAUUCACUGUAGGCAACACAAACCCACUGUAAAAUACAAAAACAGAGCAUCUAACAUGUUCAGCAUUAACUGAAUAUAUUCAUUGUUACUGUGUAAAAUGAAGAGUAGCCACUUUUAACUGCAAAUACAAUAUCAUCUCUUUCAAAAAGAAUAUCCAUGUAAUGGACACUCUAGAAAUGCAACAUUUGCUGUCAGUUCAGAUAACCUGCAGAAAAAAAGUCCAGGUUUGAAAUCCUGGUUAAACUGAAAUCAAUGGCAAAAUUCCCAUUGGCUUCCACGGCGUCAGGAUUUCAUUCAAGGGGCACCAGCACACAAUUUAAGUGAAAAAGUUAUGCAAAUUUAAAAUAAUUAAAUCAACAAUGCCCAAAAUGACACACAGAAUGAAAAUUGUUUCAUGACUUUGACAUGUUCUUAAACGUGGUUAUUUUGCAAAAAGGGACUAUUGUUAGGUUUGCUCAAGAUAGUGAGCAUAUUUACAUAUUUACCAGAGAGAAGAAUUUCUUCAGAGACCUUUAUAAUCAUCACCACCACUCCCAUAACUGCAUUGGUGACUGGGGCACCAUCACUGAUAAACAACCAAUCGUCUCCACUCCUGAUGAUUGUGUGUCAGUGCUUGAGUCUCCGCAAAGUCCAUUCCUGUCCACUCUUAUGUUGUCAAUCCAUCUCUUCUGUGUACCUCUUCUUCUCUUCCCCUAUACUAUCUCUUGAAGAAUGAUCUUGGAUAGGCCAGAUGAUCUUGUUACAUGACCGUACCACUUCAGCUUGUGAUUCUUCAAGGUCGUCAGGAGGUCUUCAUAUGACCCAGUGCAUUGGGCGACAAUGUUGCGGACCUCUUCAUAGGUGACGUGAUCGAAGUAGAAGAUACCCAGAAUUUUAUGAAAGUAUCUCAUCUCUACUACCUGUAUUUUCCGUUCAAGUUGUGCCGUAAGGGAACUUUUCCAUAAGUUCUGCCAUAAUUCUGACAAGAACUGUGCAAACAACAGCAACAGCGGCAAAGCUAAAGCCAAUUUGGACGAAUAAUAGCAGCUCUCUGGAAAUCAAACUGAAACUGCUGCAUGCACUGGUCAUCUCCAUUUUUCUGUGUGCGCGCGCGAGACAUGGACCCUGACAGCAGAACCUUUAUAAUAGUGGCGUACAAACCAGAAAAAUAUCAAGCUAGAUUUCAAGUCCCAAGAUCCCAGACUCAGAUUGCAGGCCUGGCAGUACAAAAAAUCCACAACAUAUUCAUUACUCUUUAAAUAUGUGGUUUAAAAAAAAUUACACACACAUGCCCUUCCUCUUUUCCCUCCAACAUCUGCUGUCCCUUUCCCUUUGAGUUCCUGCUCACCAUCAACCACCCAGUAUUGCUUCCCUUGAAAACAGUCUUUAUUGCUAAUAUGACUACAAAAUGCAGUUAAGCUCUUAAAAUAGAACAUGAAAAAAUAUACUGUGAGAUUUCAUGUUUGCUGUAAUGGCUUCCAGAUCUAGCUUGUGUACACACACACACACACACAGGGGUGGGCGGGGGGGAGGGAGAGGAGAAGGAGCAGUGUUUUAAUACACCAAAAAUUAAAGAAAACAUUUGUGCACUUUUUAGAACAAGGGGAAUAUAGUGAAAACAGUACACAGAAUGUAUAUAUUGUCUUGUAAAUAAGAAAUGGCACUACUUGAUCUGUUUGGAUAUUAAUUCUAAUCUUGAUUACUGCUUGCAUUUUUAACUGUAAACCAUUAAAAGCUUUUGUAUUAAGACAAGCAAUUAACAUUCUCUAUUUCUUAAAGAGGUUAAAAAUCAGAUAGUUUAAGAACAAAUUUGCUUAGAUAUUACAAUCAGUACCUUAGAUUUUAAAAAUACUUUGUUUUAAUAAUUUAAAUAUUAAAUUACACAAUACUUUUUUUUUAUUAUUUAUACUAUAUGUUCACUUUUGCAUUUCUCUCAUUCUGGAAAAUGAAAAUAUAGCAGUCUGUCAUUUUCUUAUAUGUAGUGUUGGUUCCACGGUAGUAGAGAGACAAGGUGGGUGAAGUUGUAUCUUUUAUUGGACCAACUUCACUGGUGAGACACACAAGCUUUGAAGCUUACACAGAGCUCUUCUUCUGAUCCUUUGCGGAUGAGGACUGAGAGGCCCAGGAUACACACCGUAACACACUUAAAACUGUCUUCAUCACACAAGGACCCUCCACAGAGAAGCAGACAGCAUCAUGGAACAAGCCACCCAAAUAUCCUGAGAGAACCCGGUUCAAUAUAGAAAAGAAAACGCGCAACCACACACCCCUAGUUGC